AUGGGCUCUCUGCUGCGGGGAGAAGAAAUGUGUUUGGCCCAACUAUUUCUCCAGUCCGGAUCGGCAUACGACUGUAUCGGGGAUCUUGGAGAACUAGGCAUAGUGGAAUUCCGAGAUCUUAAUCCCAGUGUUAAUGCAUUUCAACGAAAAUAUGUUAAUGAAAUCAAAAGAUGUGAAGAGAUGGAGAGGAUCCUCGGGUAUCUCUUGAGGGAAAUUAAGAAAGCUGACAUUUCAUUGCCAGAAGGCGAUGUUAAUCCUGCAGCUCCUUUACCGAAGCAUGUGAUGGGUAUAAUGGAGCAACUACAAAGGCUGGAAGUAGAGUUAGGUGAAGUCAUGAGGAAUAAGGAAAGAUUGCAAAAGAAUCUAUUGGAGCUAACAGAGUACACACAUAUGCUGCGCAUCACUUGUAAUUUUGUGCAGAGAAGUGCUGAGAGAGAGCAGGUGCAAGUCACAUAUGAGGAGUUUCCUUUCUUAGAAAAAGACACAAUGAUGGAUUACAGCAGCAUGCAGGGGCUAGGAGCCAAACUGGGUUUUGUUUCUGGGCUCAUCCAGAGGGCAAAGAUCGAGGCGUUUGAACGGAUGCUGUGGAGAGUGUGUAAAGGCUUCACCAUUCUCAGUUAUGCUGAAGUCGAGGAGUAUCUUGAAGAUCCUGACACUGGUGAGCCCACAAAAAGUGUGGUGUUCCUCAUCUCCUACUGGGGAGAACAGAUUGGCCAUAAAGUAAAGAAGAUUUGUGACUGUUACCACUGCCAUGUGUAUCCUUAUCCCAAUAGCAAUGAGGAGAGGAACAGCGUUGUGCAAGGACUAAAUACUCGCAUUCAGGACCUGCAUACUGUACUUCAUAGAACUGAAGAUUACUUGAAACAGGUCCUGAUGAAGGCCUCAGAAUCGGUCUACACAUGGGUCGUGCAGGUCAAAAAGAUGAAAGCUAUCUACUACAUUCUCAAUCAGUGUAGUUUUGACGUCACCAACAAGUGUCUGAUUGCUGAAGUCUGGUGUCCUGUCGAUGAGCUUCCCACCCUGAGAAGAGCACUUGAAGAUGGAUCGAGAAAAGGCGGCUCAACAGUGCCUUCUUUUGUUAAUCGCAUACCCACAAAUGAAACCCCACCAACACUGAUAAGGUCCAAUAAGUUCACUGUUGGCUUCCAGAACAUUGUGGAUGCCUAUGGAGUGGGGACAUACAGAGAAGUCAAUCCUGCUCCUUUUACAAUCAUUACAUUCCCUUUUCUGUUUGCCGUGAUGUUUGGAGAUAUGGGUCAUGGUCUUCUUAUGGCUGCCUUUGCGUUUUGGAUGGUGUUGUGUGAAAAUAACCGCAAAUUAAAGAACACCAGGAAUGAGAUCUGGAACACGUUUUUUGAGGGUCGGUACAUCAUCCUAAUGAUGGGCCUCUUCUCUGUGUACACCGGCCUGAUAUACAAUGAUUGCUUCUCCAAGUCCAUUAACAUCUUUGGCUCAGGAUGGAGUGUCAAGGCUAUGUUCACAGCAAAGGCAUGGAAUGACACGGUUGUCAAAGGGAAUGGCCUUCUUACUCUGGAUCCAAAUGUCACUGGAGUGUUCAGUGGACCAUAUCCUGUUGGAAUUGACCCAAUCUGGAACUUGGCAACGAAUCGUCUUACAUUCCUGAACUCCUAUAAGAUGAAGAUGUCAGUAAUAUUAGGAAUAAUUCACAUGAGCUUUGGGGUAAUCCUCAGCACUUUAAAUCACUUGCACUUCAGGAGAAAGUACAAUUUGUACUUGGUCUUUCUCCCUGAGAUUCUGUUCCUGCUGUGCCUUUUUGGAUACCUGGUGUUCAUGAUUCUCUACAAGUGGCUUUUCUUCUCUGCUAAAAAUUCCAGAGAGGCUCCUAGCAUCCUCAUUCAUUUCAUCAACAUGUUCCUCAUGCAGAGUGACUCAGUACAGCCCCUCUUCCCUGGACAGAGUGGAUUGCAGAUUUUUCUGGUAGUCAUCGCUGUUCUCUCUGUUCCUGUCUUGCUCCUCGGGAAACCACUCUACCUAUAUUGGCUUCAUAACGGAAGCCAUCGGGUGAAAAUGUACAGGGGUUAUGAGCGUGUACGUCACAACAGUGAAGAGGAGCUCUUCUUGUUGCGGACUCAUGACAUGGAGGAGGGCAGCAAUCACAAUGACCUCUCCUCUAGCGGAGAGCAGCACACAGAGGAGUUUGAUUUUGCAGAUGAGUUUCUACAUCAGGCCAUUCACACGAUAGAGUAUUGCUUGGGGUGCAUUUCCAAUACAGCCUCAUACCUCAGGCUUUGGGCUCUGAGUCUUGCACAUGCCCAGCUAUCUGAGGUGUUGUGGGCCAUGGUGAUGCGAGUGGGACUACGAAUGGAAUCAUUUCUCGGGGUUUUAUUCUUGGUGCCAGUGUUUGGCCUGUUUGCCGUUCUCACCGUGUCCAUCCUGCUGGUGAUGGAAGGCCUGUCCGCUUUCCUACAUGCCCUUCGACUGCACUGGGUGGAGUUUCAGAAUAAGUUCUACCGUGGAACAGGAGUAAAGUUUUAUCCCUUUUCUUUCUCUCUCCUUCCCUCCAACUUUGAACAAGAAGGUUUACUGUGA